AUGGUGGGCGUAGUUGCAACUUCAGGGGCAGGCUCUCCCUCCCACCGAGCUGAGGACGAUAACAAAGAGGAUAAUGUAAAAGAAUUUAUUCAGAAAGUGGACGUGGACCACAUCCUCAAACGCCACUCCGGUAACAUCGGUUUUGUGCAAAUCGCGAUGGUCACCAUCAGUGCGCUUACUCUACCAGCUGCCGUUGUCUUUCCCGUCUUUGGAAACACCGAACUACCGCAUAGAUGUCGAAUGGACCAAGCUACGGAAUUUCGAUAUAGCGGCGACUCAUUUGAUACGGUUGCUGCCUUAGUAGGGCCCUGGCCUUCGUCUACUGCAUCCGUCACUCUCGAGAAUCGCGCUAUUGGUUGUCAAAGAUACCGAACCCCAAUCACCUCACCAAUUACCAAUCAGACUCAAAUGACCACCAUUCCAUGCGACAACGGCUACGUGUACAAGUUUUCCUCGGAGCAGUAUCCUGGAGGGAUAGUCAAUGAGUGGGAUCUAGUGUGCGAUCAAGCCUGGAAGGUUCCGUUCAGCACUGCGAUGUACAUGGGAGGCAUGCUCCUCGGCUUUAUUGGCGGAGGCUUAGCUGGUGAUCGAUUUGGUCGUCGACUGACAGCUCUCAUCGCGUGCAUUUUUGAAGGCCUGGCCACUGUAGCCGUCUCGCUGUCACCCAAUUUCUGGUUCUACAUUGUCUUUCGUGUCUCGCUCGCCUGUUCCAGCUCCAUCAAAAUAGCUGUUCUCUUGGUAUUAUGCAUGGAAAUGACCACAGCUCGUCAGCGCUCCCUUAUCAGUGGAAUUUGGGCUAUUAUUCAGGGUUUUCUAUUAAGAGUUAUGCUUUCUCCAUUAGCCUACUGGUUCCCUGACUGGCGCUGGUUUCACGGCAUUUUGUGCAUGAGUACCUUCUUCAGCUUUCCGUCAAUCUUUCUAUUCCCUGAGUCACCUCGGUGGCUCGUUUCACAGCAUCGGAAAGUGGAUGCCUUACAUCAACUCUACAAAAUCUACCGGGUGAAUGUAAGAAUGACAAUUUUUAAGAAAAAGGCUGUACCGGUAACGGAAGAGGAUUUUAUUCGAAGGAUUCAAGAGGAGGCUUCAACGCUGAAGGCGAACAGUUGCAAUUCCGCCCCCUCGCCCCAUCCACCGCAGUCUCAAUUCCGUCAAGUGCUCAAGACUUUCAGGGACCGCAGGAUGGCCCAAACAACUGUGCAGUGCAUUCUCCUCUUUUCUGGUCAACUGGCCACCACCUUCGGCCUAAUCUUUUAUGGCAGCACCGUUCGUGUGAACAUAUACCUGGUGAACUUCCUUAACGCCACUACGCAAAUCCCUGCCACCAUCAUAUCGGGUCUGCUGUAUCGCUACUGCAAGAGGCGCAAGAUGCCCAUUGCAGUGAUGUAUAUUUUAUCUCUUGUCAUUCUCGCUAUUGCCUCGAUAUACAACUGGGUUGUCAGACCGGAAUCAGACCUUGUAUUGAACAUUUGCUGCAACCUCGCACUGAUCCUGUUGGCUGCAGCUCUGAACAUGGUCUUCAUGUAUGUUCCCGAGCUUUUUGCCUCGGAGUCACGAGCUCUGGGGCUGGGCAUGGCCUCUGGACUGGGUCGGGUUGGCGGAAUAAUCUGCCCCUUCGUAAACGCUCUUGAUUCUGUCAUAUUUCACGGUUUUCCCAUCAUCAUCUACAUAGCCAUUCUCAUCCUCGAGAUGAUGAAUCUGUUUUGGCUACCGGAUACGUCUGGACGCAAUUUAUUGGACAACUUGGAGCAAAAGAAGGAGGAGGAGGUGGUGGAGGAGGAGGAGGAGGACGAAGAGGAGGACGGGGACGAGGGUGGAGGAGGGAGAGUCUUGAGGGUCGGCGGUGAUGUUGAUGAUGAGGAUGGCCAGCCAAUUUGGGCGUCGACAGUUGACGAAUUGAUUGCGUCGACAAAUGUGAUUCGCUCCACCACAGACAUUCAAGAUGCUGUUAAAAUGAUAAAAUGA